AUGCAGUAUGUAGGGACCCAACUCUUUGCAGAAUGUCGGGAUUGGCCAGCUCGAUCACCGUCACCCACGAGGCAGUGCACAAUCUGUAGCGCUCCAUCGAAUGGCUACCAUUUCAAUGCACCUUCUUGCUCAGCAUGUGCUGCCUUCUUCAGGCGAACGGUGACGCUGGGUCGACAAUUCCUUUGUGCGCAUCAGGGUAACUGUAAAGUGCAUUUCGAAAUGCGAAUCAUCUGCCGAGCAUGUCGAUAUGCGAAGUGUAUUCAAAUGGGCAUGGAAAGACAAGCAGUUCAACCUCGACGCGAUGGCAACGUUGGUCGACGCAAGAUUUCCUACUUGAAGCGACCUCCUUCACCAAAGCAGUGGUCGAGUGGUGGCACUGGUUUCCACGUCUGUAAGUCUCCAAGAACAUCAAUAGCAUUUCUCGAUUCGUCUGCGCUUUCCCCUGAUACCCCCUCCUACUCGUCAUCAGUUUCUGAUGAACAUGACUCGGUACCGCAUUCGCUCGGAUCGCUCAGGGAAAGUGGAGAAGAUGUUUUGGAAAUGUUGCUGAGGGAAGAGCGACUGUACAAUGAGCGACGAAGCAUUCUUUAUUGUGUGAGAAGCCGUAUAUCAGAGAUACUCUCAGCUGGCGAGGUCGAUGAUAUUCCGUUUUCAUCAAAAGACCUCAACGAGCUCACAUUUGCUGGAGUGCGAAAGGACAUUCGGGCACAGAUUCUGGCUACCUAUGAAUGGAUGCGAGGAUGGAAUCACUUCAAGUGUUUGAGCACUUCUGACAAAAAGACCCUUCUCCGCCGAUGUACACUGUUCCACCCAAUCAUUGAUCCCUGCUAUCUGACGAUGAGGCUUGGGCUCCCAGACAGGUUUGUGAUGUUCAACGGCAUGUUCAUAGCGAUUGAUUCGGAAGAGGGUUGGAGAGAUGAAACGUGCAUCUCGGCGUCAUUGAAAAAGGAAGUCGGAUAUGUGAAUGUUGUUACUAUUCUGGGGGUCAGUGAACUUGGCAAGGGCUUCGGCUAUCGCCCACCUUCUGGACCUGCGUCUUCGCCGACAGUCGUUGCGUCGUCCGAUGCCAGGCCAUUAACAUCUCCUACGUGCCGAAGUACGGUCAAUUGCUCGAAGGCAGCUGGUCACUGUUCAAGAGCCACUUUAAGUGCGACCAUAUCAUCGUCGCUGAAGAGAUGUCUUACCUCACAGAUCGAUCUCAUCUUCACAGCUCUUUCGAAUCACUACGCUAGCUUGGGAAUGUCAGCCGAAGAUGUCGCAGUGCGCACAGGCAACGUCAUCCUACUAAUUGGCAACAUAUUCGAAGUCGGCAUGCAAUGUCUCGAGAGCCACCAAGUGAUUCAGUUCUUCGAUUUAUGGAAACUGGACGACCUCUUGAUAAAACUGAUCAGCGAAUCUUUGCAGUCCUGA